UGGUUUCGCCCGCAAUCACGUGAUGACGCAAGAGUCACAUGACGUUUUUUUCAGCCGCAGCAACACAUCAAAAAAAUCUUUACCGUUGUUUAUCCUGCUUUUGGUCGAAAUAACUCACCACGCCUACAGUUGCAAUUAAAUAAUCAGGUUAUUAAAGCAGUCUGGGUCAACAGAGUCGUUGCUUAUGGAGGUAGAGGAGAUGGAAGAUGAAGGACCUUCGUCCCACAGUGAAGAUCUCCAGUUGGGACUGCAGGAAUCACUGAGUCUGGAGAGCACAACUUCUGUAGAAAAUGUGUUUGUGGAUAAAAAAGCAGUGGACAAACUCACAGAAGGAUUGCUCUCUCACUACCUACCAGAUCUACAGAACUCUAAAAGAGCCCUACAAGAGCUAACACAAAACCAGCUGAUAUCGUUGGACACACUGGACCAAGAAGUCACCAAGUUCAGAGAAUGUAAUGCCUUACUGGACCUCAAUUCACUGUUUACAGAGGCGAAGGUUUACCACAACAAACUGGUGAACAUAAGGAAAGAGAUGAUUAUGAUCCACGAAAAAACGACUAAACUAAAGAAAAGAGCUCUAAAGCUGCAGCAACAGAAGCAGAAGGAGGCGCUGGAGAAGGAGCAGCAACGUGAGAAGGAGCUUGAGAGAGAAAGGCAGCUUAUCGCCAAACCUGCAAAGAGAACUUAGGAUUCACAAGUAUGUCUGCCAUAUAAAUGGACCAUACAGGUGCUUUUUCCAUGCCUUUAGCCUAUUUAUUACAUAUCAACUGUACGUUGCAUUACUGCUGACCAUUUUCCAAAGCUCAACAUUUUUAGAUAUUUCUUUUUUUAAAGAUAAUUUCUUGGAGAGAAGAGAUACAGCUGAGAUUUACAACCAGGAAUGGUUCGACCACUAGGACUCCCACACCCCAGCAUUUUUAGAUUUCCGAACGGUUUCCCCUUCCAUCCAAGCAGCCAUUGUUUCCACUCAUUUUGGUAUUGCAUUCAAAUCUCUUUGAAACACGCUUGGUACAUGUGAUCCAUAAAACUGAAUUAUGGCUGCACAAUAAAUCAAAACUUCAUGGAAAUUGCAAUAUUGACUAGUACAAUGUCCAAAUCAGAAGGAGGUGCAAUGUUUUUAAAGGCAAGAAGUUUCAAAAUACCUUUCUGAAUUAAGUAUUGUGUUGCUGCAGAGAUGUACUGGGCUACAAAUCGUAUUCUCCAGAACUUGGAACAGAUUCUCUCUCUAAAAUAAAGUCACACAAUUAUCAUUUUAAUAUAUUUUUCAAUGAAAGUGAAAAUAGUGAUGCAAACAUGAUCAUUCCCUAUUAUAUGAUUAAUACAGAUCAUAUUGCAAUUGCAAUAUCAGUCAAAAAUAAUCACAAUUAGAUAUUUAUUCCAAAUUGUGCAACCCUAUCUCAAUAUUAAAUCUAGUUUUAUCCUUGUCUGACUUAAAUUACUGACUUAAAAUGGUAAUGCA